AUGACUGUUGUCGAUAAGAUCGAGCUUGAUGCUGCUAAGGGAACAAUAACAGUAACAGGCGAUGCUGACCCGUAUGAACUCAUAGUCCGCAAGAGAAAAGCAGAAGAACUUGUUGAACGGGUUAGCGUUGGGCCACCUCCGAAACAGAAACAGCCAACGAAGCCCGAAGAGAAGAAGCCCGAGCCGAAGAAAGAUGAUAAGAAGCCUGACCCGAAGAAAGAUGGUAAGAAGCCUGAGACCUGUCCUGUUUGCCAGCAAAUGUCCGUUGUCUAUAUGGACCGCUAUGCUGAGCCCAACAUGGCAUGCUCCAUUACGCAAUCAUUGAUGUUUAACCCGUUUGACAUUUGUAUAUAA